ACUCUUUGGACACAGCGGAGCCUGCAGCGCCUGUGGACAGUCCAUACCUGCCAGUGAGAUGGUGAUGCGAGCUCAAGGCAGCGUUUAUCACCUGAAGUGUUUCACUUGCGCCACCUGCAGGAACCGCCUGGUCCCCGGCGAUCGCUUUCAUUACAUCAACGGGACGAUUUUCUGCGAACACGACCGGCCUGGGGGAGGUCUGCUGACCGGACACUCUGCUCCACUGCAGGCUAACGGCAUCAUGUCGGAUCAGAAGGUCAGGAGGUCUUUGUUUUAAUACUGGAUUAUAGAAUGACAAUUGUUCUGGUCUGCACAGACCAAUGAUGUUGUUUUUCCAUCCACACCCGUUCAAACUACUUCUGCGCAGCUGGAUAUUUUUUUCACACAUCGGAUUACGAAAAAUUCAAAUUACACGGAUCCGAAGAUGCUUGGGAAAUGUUGAACUUGUGGUGUGAUUUUAAAAGCUUUCAGUCUUUGCUCUACACUGCCCUCUAGCGUCUACUAGAAUUUGCCCUCAAUCUAAAUACAUACAAUUAAAGGUCCUACCUACUGUUCCCAGUUUCUAUUCCUUCAG